CGCAACGUGUUCGAAAACUUUCUUCCUCGCCUCUACGCAAAUAUUUCUCUUAAAUCCCCAAACUCACCUGCCGCGCCGCGAGCUUGGUCUCGCUCGCUUGGAGUCAGAGUUCAUUCGUGAAUUGUGGACAUCGGACAUGCCGUACCUGUAUGUGGAGACAGCCAGGGAGAGGCUUUGCAGAGGCAGCAGGUUGAUGCUUGGAGGCUUAUGCAAUGGCACUCUCGUUCCCAGCGCACUGAAAGCUGUCAGAGAAAAAACACACCACCAGACAGUGAAAAUAGUAUUUCCAGAACAGUCCACAGAUGCUGUUAUCUACGUUACAGUUGUUGUCGUUUUUUACGCAGCCAUCAUACUCAUCUUGGUUGGAACCAACAUUCAUCGAUUUCGACGCACGAGAGCAGCGAAUGCCUCAUUGGCCGCUGGCGAAAAUUGCGAACCCAAACAACAAGUGGUCGUUCGCUUGGAUCAUCAUGAGAGGGCCUACCAAGUAUCUGCCAGCCCUGAAGAAAUAAAAGCAGAAGUGGAAAACCAAGAGACAGAUGGUGCUCUUGUCUGAUCAUGGAGCUGCAUUUACGACAAGAGCACUGGAAUCCCCUAUUUUUAUGUAUAGGUGUUGUUUGUGUGUCCCGUUUUGUGUCCAUAGAGGUCCAAUCACGAUGGCUGGGUAGUAUGUAGAGUAUUCAUUUGUUACAAAUUCUUAUAACGCGUGAAUAUGAAAUCAUAAAUAUGUAUGAUAAUGUUGUGCAUAUGAUGUUAAAAAGUUCACAUAUGUUUCAAAGAUAUUUCAACAUUUAUCUAAAAUGUGUUUUUUUUUUCGAUAGUAAAAAUGGGUUCAUCAGGGGAAAUGAUGUUUUGAUUUGAUAUGAAUUGUGUUAAUAGAAAAAGUUUAGCACAGUACGUUAUUUCUGAUUUAUUUUAGAGGUGUGAAUUAUAAAAAAAAUAAUUCCCACCUAUUUCACAAAUUUAAAAGUUUUUAUUAAUAAAUUUUACUUAAAUUAUUUGGAAGUUGCUUCUUCAAGUCUUAAAUCAGAAUAAACAGUGUGAAAAAAAAAACCCUAGGUAAUCUGUGAAGACCUAAAAUUUGAAAUUCAUAACCUUGUUUAUUGAUAUGAAGGUUUACUGAUUUUGGCCUUUGCAAUUGUUGAAUUACAUGCAAAAGAUAAAAAAAAAAAGAUAGAAAAAUCUAGAGAUGUAAUUUCAUCUUAAUGUCAUCAUCUCAAACUUACAGCAAAAUAUUGUUUUAAGAAUUCUGCUAACAAAAUAUCUUGUGAUUUCAUUUCUGUAAACAUUUCCUAUUAAUUUAAAAGAUUGAUUCUCAUCUGUAGCAUUUAAAAAAAGUCCUUCUGUAUAGAGAAGUUCUCAAAAAGGAAUCUUUGGCCAAUACUUUUCAAUAAGUAAAAUUUAAGGGAAUGCAGCUCUAAAUUUUCUAUAAAACAUAUUUUUUGUCUGAUAAUAAUGCUUUUUUUAUCCUUUCGAAAGCUGAAAAAUUGCAAUUGCUGGAAAUUAUAUAUUGUGAAACCAGUCUGCAAGAAAUUAAAUAUAUAUGGAAGAAUAGUAAACAAAAAAUUGAAACGAAAUCUAUGCCAAGAAGUAAGUUGAUAGAAGUUGAGUUGUAAUAUUUAAUGAAUAAGUUGAUGUAUUUGGUUGGAAAUUAUAUUGACUUGUUUAAUUCUUUUAUCUUAAUCGAAUUUCUUAUUUAGAAUCACAUAAAAAUGAAUUUUUGUUUCCUUCGGCUGUUUUUGGAAUGCUUCAAAUAUAAUCAAAGAAUAUUUGGAACAUAAAGCAUUUUUUCUUUUCAGCCUUUUAAUCCAUAUGACAUACUUAUCUUAAAAUACAUACACAUUUCAAAUUAUUAAAAAUUAUGGAAUGUAUGUAUGCGAGAUGUUCAAUAAAUAAGAUUUACAAUGAUAAAUCUAAGUAGUAGAACAUAUUCAUUGAAAAUAUUGAUCUAGUAUAUAAAAACAAAUUGUUAUGAAUCAGUUAUAUAAAAAGUCUAGCUGUCUUCAUGGCUAGAUGUUUUACAUCAAAUUUGGCGAAUUGAGUAAAAAAUUGGAUAUUUUUAUAAACUGCGUGACACCAAGUCACCAAAUAUGUAUAAUAAGGCUCCAAAAAUCGGUAAUAUAUAAAAUUCUUACGUAUUCUUAAUGAAAUAAAUAUGAUGCUUUAUUAUUUAUAGUAAAGUAUGAAUUUUUCUUGUGCCCUUUAAUCCCUGAAUUGUUAAAGUACUAAUUAAAAGGAUCCAUUUUUGUGCAAACAUUGCUUAUUAUGAGGCAAGAAGUUUUUGUGAAAUCAAAUUAUUUCUGUCAAUAGUUUUGUAUUGCAUAAUUUAAAAUUCUGAUAUGAAACAAGGAUAUACUAGUUUACAACGAAAAUAUAUCAAUAUUUCAACAUAUCUGAUAAAGCAUUGAAUAACAGAUAUUUAUAUAAAUAAACAGAUCAAAAAAUUAAUGUAAUUUUGGGAAAGAACAGAGAUAUGGAUAUAUGUAUAGCGAUUAAAAAUAUAUAAAUUUUAUUCUAGUUAGAAAAAUAUUUUUCUAUAAUUAGGAUAAAAAAAUCAAUAUGUAUAUAAAAAAGAAUUUCAUUCAACAUUUUGAAAACAAUAAUAUAUGUUUAUAAAGAAGAAUAUCAUUGAUUUCAAAAAUGAUAUAUAAGGAAUAAUAUUCACCAAAUAUGAUUUUAUUUUGCGAAUAGCAGGGUAUCACAAAACACGACAAGUCACUUUAAUACAUCUAAAGAACAUAUCCAGUUGAAAAGUUUUAAAAGUUAAUGCUCCUGAGAUCCACAUGUUGAUCUUUAUGUGAUUAAAAUGAAAUCGGAAUUUGAGAUAAUUUUUAGUAACAUUUGUAUUUUAUUUUAACAAUCUAAAUAUCGUGUUCUGAUUGUUGACCUUGACUGUUAGGCUAGAUGUUGUAAUAAAUGUGUUGUACUUUAUUGUAUUUCCAUAAAAUGCUAUUUAUCAUCA